AUGACUGCGACGACCAGUCCGCGAACAACCUCCCCCGGCGAUAUACACGACCCCACCAGUGCCGCGUACAAAAAGGCGCGGCGAAAACAUUUCAAGUCGACCCGGAACAGGCCUGAGCAGGUCGAUGCCGAAUGGACGCCUUUCCGUGCGGCCGAAAAACGGUACAAGGCGCGCUUCCCUCCGCCCGAUCUUUCCGACGUCCUCGACCUCGCGGCGGCAGACCCGACGCGUGCCGAGGAGAUCGCGCGGGGCAAAUGGCACGGAUGCGCUGACGCUGUGCAGUGCACGGAGAUCCCGCUCAGAAAUGGGCGCACGGGGAUAGGGUAUACGUUCCCGGGCACUCCUGGCCUGAUUUUUCUGCCUGCUUUCAUCGCCCCGAGCGAACAGCGUCGGCUGGUUCGCUGGGCACUGUGUGAACAGGCAAAACAUCCGAACGAGACGAACCUGGAUACUCACUACGUGCUACCACACGAGGGUGUAUGGAACCAGUAUGCGAAGAGCUGGUCUGGGGAAGGCGAUGAUGCAGAGGUGUUCCCUCGCGCGACCGCGCAAGGAACGGACACUCUCUCUAACCAAGCGACCGGGACAGAAACUCCAGGGCCUCGCAAGCUCAUCUCCAACGAGCCUGCGAGCACCGCAAAUUAUGUGGAGCUUGCCUCUACGCCGAAACCUCCUGCACCCCCCUCUCAGACUCUUCGCCCUGUCACUAUCUCUAGUCUCGUCCCGCGGCUACGAUGGGCGAAUAUUGGUUGGUACUACCACUGGGGAACUAAGCAGUACGACUUUACUCGCGGCCCUGGGGAUAUUUCUCCACUCGUCAGAGAUCUCUGCAAGGGUGUGGUGGAGAGCAUACCAUGGGAGCGUGUGUUUGGCGACUCGGAGGGCCAAGCUGAAGGACGUGGCAGAAGCGGUUGGGGCGAAGAUGGACCCGACUGGAUGGACUGGAAGGAGACUUACGAGCCCGACGCGGGGAUCGUGAACUUCUACCAAACCAAGGACACCUUGAUGGCUCAUGUCGACCGUUCAGAAAUAUCCGCGACCUCACCGCUGGUGUCUAUCUCGCUCGGUUGUGCGGCGGUCUUCCUCAUCGGGGGCCUCACACGGGACGACCCCCCGACUCCGAUCCUGUUACGCUCGGGUGACGUUGUGGUGAUGUCAGGUCCGGCAUGUCGCCGAGCGUACCACGGCGUGCCUCGCAUCCUGGAAGGAACUCUUCCGUCACAUAUGGAGGGCGGGGACGACUGGGAUAUCUAUGAGGAGUACCUGCGUGCAACACGGAUUAAUGUGAACGUCAGGCAAGUGUUCCCGAAGGGGUUCGACCCAGGCGCCUUAGACCUCUCACAACGCACGCAUCAUACGAACCCAUAG